GGAUCAUCUCAUCCUGACUGGAUCACAGGACCAGCUCCAUCAUCCACCAUCCACCCUGACAAGGACAAUCCCUCUAAAAAAAAUCACAGAGACAGGACAAUAUUUUUUAUUAAUAAAAAAGAAAGAAAUCGCAUCGAAAGCGUCAAGAUGCUGGCUUGUACAGAGAUGAUCACCAUGUGUCUUCAGUCUGCAAAGCACGAACACUUGAGGAAACAGCAGGAUAUUGUCUACAACCAAAAUCAAGGCAUCUCUCUUUUCCAUGAUAUAUUCCGCCGGGCAGACAAAAAUGACGACGGGAAGCUGUCCUUGGAGGAGUUCCAGUCGUACUUCACUGAUGGUAUCCUCACUGACGACCAGAUGCAGGAGCUGUAUUCCUCCAUCGACAGGCAGCAGAGAGACAACCUGGACAUAGACAAACUCUCAGAGUACUUCAGUCCACAUCUGGGGGAAUAUGUCAACGUGCUGUCUGCUCUGGAAAAGCUGAAUGUGGCCAUUUUGAAGGCCAUGGAUAAAACUAAAGAGGAGUAUCAGGGUUCAUCAGUGCUGGGUCAGUUUGUGACACGCUUCUUGCUGAGGGAAACCUCCACCCAGCUGCAGUCGCUUCAGUCAUCCCUGGACUGCGCUAUGGAUGCGGUUCAUGACCAGGGCUGUCCUGGGAGGAGGAUACUGAAGAAGCCUGAGGACCUGCCUAUCCAGCGGGUGGCCAAACGUCCUGGCCGACGCAUCCAGAAGAACAUGUGUCUCUCCCCCACCGACCCAUACUCUGGCAUGCUCACCACAGGAGUCAGUGUGGAACCAGACAACCACUGGGGAUCCCAGAUCAACCAACUGGAGGAGCUCAUGGACAAGCUGGAGUGUGAGAGUCCACAUCUUGAACCUCUCAAAGAGGACACAUUGGCAGGGACAUAUAAAUCGAACAUACUUCUGGUCCAAAGACAAAUGUCUGUGAAGGAGAAAGAUGUGGAGCAGUUCCAACAAGCUCUGAAAAUCUACACAGACACGACCAGCAGCCAGCAAGACAACCUGCACGUUUCAGUCCAGAACCUGCCAGACAGAUCAUGCUUCAUCAUGUACGAGUUUUGGCAGGACCGUCUCUCUUGGAUGAGCUACCUGCAGUCGUCCAUCAGCAAGACCUUCCAGCGCUGCAUUAUUGACUCACUGGAAGAGCCAGAGAUGGUCUCCACCAUGCUCCUCCCAGCCUCUUGGUGGAUUAUGAACAACAACUGACAGAGCAAAGCUGCUGCUAUUCAACACAAUAAAAGCAGGAAGGAAGAGCCGAUUGUGUAAUUGUUUUAUAUUUUUUGUUCUUUGAUAUCCACUUUUUCCUCAUGGCAUGACCAGGAUUGUUUUUGCAAAGCUAUGCACCGAGGUUAUAAAAAAAAAAAAGAAAGAAGAAGACUGUGAAUAAAUCAGUCAAGAGUGAAACAAACUUAAGCCUUGGAGAGAAAGGAUUUGCAAUACUUUAUUGUGUGAUCAGGAUUUGUGCCAACCUUCAUUUAACAGGCACAUUUCCUGCUUCAGAUUUAAUAGAAACACAAGAAAUGGAUUAAAAAAAAUGCAUGGUUUCUUAUUUCUGAGUGCUAGUUUAUUUCAAUCAAAACUACAUCUUAGAAUAGAUAUAAUGUCACCUAUGGCACAAAAUAGAAACACAUGAAUGAAAACUGUUCACCCAUCACUAUCCUUCACACAUUUCUCAGUACAGACAAAAACAGAAAUAGUGGUUAGGGAUAACCUGCAUUUCCCCUUGUUCUCUCUGUGGUAUUGUGCUUUGUUGUCUCCUUCAAAGCUUUGCUACCAAGCGUCUUUUUGCCGAUGGGUUAGACAGCCAAUAGAUAGAACAUAGUUAUUGAAAGAUUAUGGUCCACAUCUAAACUUUUAUCAGUCUGUGUGUCACUGCUGCACUUUAGAAAAAUACGAAACAUGGACCUAAUUGUGAAGAACAGAUACGUAUUGUAGAUUGUCUAUUAUACAGUAGAACUAACUGAUGUUAUAAGCGCUGCACUCAAGUGUAGUGAGACAUUUGCAGACAAUUGAGAAAAACAAGUCUGCCUGUACUGUUCCUGUAGAAAUAAAAGCAGAAAGCCAUUGUUUUACAUCUGCAGUGUAAACUGUACAGUACACACACAUAGAAGUUUAUAUUUUGAGUACAGAAAUUAAGCAGAAACUGUUCGAUGUAAUAGAAUUAGGCAGAAAGUCUAUUGAGAUUGUGUAAAGUAGUUAUUGGAAGCCGUGAGAUGUUAGUAAUUGUUGUGGAACUUUGGUAAAUGUACAGUAUGACAGAGCUGUGGCUGCUCUGAUGAUGUGAGGAAUGAAUGUGUUCACUCUUUUUAUUUAAGUGUUUUAUCAGUUCUUUUAUGGAGAAUAUACAGUUGUUAUGUGGAUGCUAUGUUUGUUUUCUGGCAUGAAAUAAAGUUCAUGGCUUGUUCAAUGACAUUAAA